AUGGUCAGUCCUUUCUUUCUUCUUUGUUCAGAGAGGGAAGAGAGAGGAGGAGGAGAAGGAAGAGUGUGUUGUGUUGUGUUGUCUCUCUCUGAUACAUUUUCUUUUUUCCCAUCCAUUCAAUUUCAUUGAAACUAGCCGGACCCAUGUUUAUAUGAAGGAUGGAUUAUUUAACACAUUUCCUAGGGCUUAAAAAGAUGAUUUCUUGAUGUGGGGUUUCAUGGGGUGAACUCAAGGUAUCAUGGGUAGCUUCAGUGAUGAUGAAGGGGAAUGUCGAUUUUUCGAUGCCCCGGAUAGUAUUUCCCAGGGCUCUGAUUUGGGUUCUAACUUUACCCCAAUUCCUGAUUCUGGCUCCGGGGUUGUCAAUGGUGUUAGCUAUGAUGAGUGGAUUAAAACCCCCAGAAGUGUUGUUGAGCGGCGUAAGCAAUUCCGUUGUUGGAUGGGUUUAAGUUUAGAUGGAAUGUCUGGAGAAGAUCCAGUAGAUAUAGGUGGAAGCUCCAAUUUAUCUACUGGGGAAAUUGAAAGAAUUAUGGAGAGUAGUGGAGCCGUAUUACGAACCUCAAUUCAUAAGGACGAGUUUUCUUCUUACCGGUCUUCUAGGUCUGGUUUGUGUGGGGGCGAAGGUUUGGAUUCACCUAAACAGUUGGGUUCAUAUCGGAAUUUUUCAUUUAGAAGUGGCAAUGUUGAUAGUGGAAUUGGGUGCAAUGUACAUGUUCAGGCAGAGAACGGCCAGCAGAGCAAUAACAGGCCUGUAAGAUUGGAACGCCUGCUAAUGUCUCAUGAACCCGAGAACUCUUCAUGUAUGUCCCCCGUUAUUGGUGAACCUGGACAGGGAGAAUUGGAUAAAAAUGGAGACACACCGAAGAAACUAAAUGGAGUUAAGAGUCGGUUAUUAAGCAGGCUACGGUCAUUUACGUGCAUAGCAAAUGCCGAAGGGAGAUGUCUUGAAUUGAAGGAUAACAGUUCCAACCCUGUUCAGAGGUCUAGAGUUCAGAGGGUUAAAGUUCACCAUUGUAAGAAGCGGUUGAAGGAACUCUCUGCUCUUUUCAUGGGGCAGGAUAUCCAGGCUCAUGAGGGUUCAAUUUUAACUAUGAAAUUCAGUUUUGAUGGACAGUACCUCGCUAGUGCUGGUGAAGAUAAGAUUGUGCGGGUGUGGCAAGUGGUUGAAGAUGAGAGAUCCAAUGAAUUUGAUAUCCCAGAGUUGGAUCCUUCAUGUAUGUAUUUCACGGUGAAUCAUCUUUCUCAAUUGGCUCCUCUGGUGAUAGAUAAAGAGAAAAGUAGUAGUAUGUUGAAGGGCCUUAAGAAAACAAGAGACUCUGCUUGUGUAGUUUUCCCUCCAAAGGUCUUUCGAAUUCUGGAAAAACCGCUGCAUGUGUUCCAAGGGCAUACUGGGGAGAUAUUGGAUCUCUCGUGGUCAAAAAAUAAUUGUUUGCUCUCAUCAUCAACUGACAAAACUGUUCGUCUGUGGCAAGUUGGAAAUGAUCUGUGCCUCAGAGUUUUUUCACAUAGUAAUUAUGUGACUUGCAUACAGUUUAACCCAGUGAACGAUGAAUACUUCAUCAGUGGAUCAAUAGAUGGGAAAAUUCGAAUUUGGGCUGUUAACAGCUGUCAAGUAUUGGAUUGGACGGACAUCAGAGACAUAGUGACUGCUGUUUCCUAUCGUCCUGAUGGAAAGGGUGGGAUUAUUGGCUCAAUGGCAGGCAGUUGCCGUUUUUUUAGUUUGGAAGGUCAUGAGAUACAAUUAGACAAGCAGAUGUGCUUGGCCAAUAAAAAGAAGUCGAUUUGCAAAAGGAUUACUGGCUUUCAGUUUUUUCCACAAGACCCAUCAAAAGUUAUGGUUACUUGUGCUGACUCUCACGUCAGAAUCCUAGAUGGUAUCAAUGUGAUCGGCAAGUACAAAGGUCCGCGAACUGCAGGAAACCAUCUCUCUGCCUCUUUCACCUUGGAUGGGAAGCAUAUUGUCUCAGCGUCUGAAGAUUCUAAUGUCUAUGUAUGGAACUGUGAUGUUCCCAAAGAUUAUGUGUCUCAACCUAAAGUGGUGAGGUCAUCUGAGUUCUUCUCCAGUGAUUCCACCAUUGCAAUACCCUGGUCCGGCUUGAAAACUGUAAAUCCAGAUAAUGGACGGCAUUGUGGAGGAGGACUAAGUCAAACUUCAAACAACAUAUUACCCUUCAUUUCCUCUCCUUAUCUUUCUUUGGGCAGUGAGUUGUUCCUUGAGGCAAUUCCAAAAGGAUCAGCAACCUGGCCUGAAGAGAAGCUUCCCGUAUCAAGUCCCCGGUCAACGUCUUCUGGGAUGUGCAAAUCUGAAUACAAAUUUCUGAAAAGUUCUUGCCAGAGUUCAUCCAAUUCUCAUUCCUGGGGUUUAGUUAUUGUUACUGCUGGCUACGAUGGGCGAAUACGAUCAUUUCAUAAUUAUGGGUUGCCUUUGCCACUUUGAGUAGUAGGUACUACAGGGUUAAUUUAUGUU